AGCUUUUGAUUCCCGUCAUGUAAUUUUGACAUUUGUACAGAUUCUAGCACGUGAGAGCAACCUGCUUCUGUUAAGCGACUGUUAGUAGCGUGAGGCAGUUCGUACGGUUGGAGUGUAGUUUGUUGUGCCCUUGGAUAGAAGGUAUUGAUAAGAAUGUCACUGAAAGCGAAAAUCGGACCGUCAAUCCUGAAUGCUGACCUGUGUGCCCUUUAUGAGGAAUCGCAAAAGUUGCUGGACAAUGGAGCCGACUACUUACAUUUGGACGUUAUGGAUGGCCACUUUGUCCCCAAUUUAACCUUUGGGCAUCCUGUCGUUAAGUGCUUACGGAACAAAAUUAAGAAUGCAUUUUUCGAAACACAUAUGAUGGUAUCGAAGCCUGAACAGUGGAUUGAAAACAUGGCAGACGCUGGCGUUGAUCAGUAUACAUUCCACAUAGAACCAGUAGUGAAUAGUGUUCCAGAUAUAUGUCGAAAAGUGAGAGAGGCUGGAAUGAAAGUCGGUUUGGCGCUUAAACCGGGCACUGAGGUAGACGUCGUAAAAGAUUAUAUUUCAAUGGCUGACAUGAUAUUAAUCAUGACCGUUGAACCAGGGUUUGGAGGUCAGAAGUUUAUGUCUGAUAUGAUGCCUAAAGUCAAAUGGUUGCGUGAGAACUAUCCUAAUUUGGAUAUUGAAGUUGAUGGCGGCGUAGGUUUGAAUACGAUUGAUGAAUGUGCUAAGGCUGGAGCCAACAUGAUCGUCUCAGGAACCGCAGUAAUUCAAUCUCCUGAUCAAAAAGAAGUUAUAGGCAAACUGAAAAAGUCGGUUGAAUGUGCACUGCAUAAGCACUAAGCAUUUUUUUUUAUUAUUUGGAGUAUGAGAU